AACUGGCAAGGGCUGGGACAAAGUGUGCCAUGGCACUUCUCCUGCAGUGAGAAGGACACCAGUAUAACUACUUCAGAUGAGUAUUUUUUAAUAAGCUUUAAUGUCAUAUGUAUGCUCCAAACAUUUCCCCAUUAAGUAAAAAUGAAAUAUUACUGAGUUUACAAACUGACUUUUGUUUGGGCUGGCUGUUUUCGCUGUUUGUCAUGACCAAUAAAAAUACUAACGCAUAAUGACAGUGUUGUGUUGAUGUGGCACUGUGCCUGUUUGCACUAAGGAGCACCCUGAGGCCCUCUUCUCCCCUGCAGAUGUUCCCUGAAGGUCCCCAGCCCGAAAGCAAAUGGUAGCAAGGAGAGCUGGAGCUUGGCUGAGCACAUGCACGAUGCAAUGGAGACCUCAGCAAUCUGCAUUUCUCUUUCACUGCCGUUCAAAUUGAAUAGAGCUUUUUGCUAAGCUCAUUAAUACCAACCUUGUAAUUGGUUUCUCCUCAUUUCACUACUGACUUCAGAGCUCUUUUAUUAAUUUUUUGUUCCCCAAACCAUUUUCAAGUUUGGCAGUUGCAGAGGAAAUAGCAUCUCUAUUCAUGGCAAAAGUGAGCUCUUCCACAGGUAAUAAGCAGGGGUCAGAUAGGUGGGAGUGGGGUGGGCGGGACACAACUGAAUACAUUUGUCUCUUUUUCCUUGUGUUGCAAGUUACAUACUGAUUGCAUUGUUGCAUUUUAGUGUUUUAUGAAAGGAGUGGUUUUAAUACUUCAGAUGCUAUAGAUAAAUAGAUAAUAUCCCUAUUUUUUAAAUCAAGCAAAUUCUAUGUUUUUAUGAUUAUGUUCUUUAUGGUGGUCCAACCAGCCCAUUCAUUGCUCUUAACCUGUUCUCGGCCCUUUCUCUGAGCGUCGUCCUGAAAUUAAAUGGCAAAUAGUGAAUUAGCACAUGAACUUUCCCACAGGGGUGGUGAAUGUCCCAUCGCUGGAGACACUCAAGGUCAGUCUGGAUGGGGCUCUGAGCACCUGAUGGAGCUGGAGAUGUCCCUGUUCAUGGCAGGGGAUUUGGACCAGAUGGCCUUUAAUGGUCCCUUCCAGCUCAGAUGAUUCUAAGAUGAUUCUGUGAUGAUGGAAUCGAUUCUGGAGAUAUUCUGGAGAUAUUCAAGACUUGCCUGGACACCUACUUGUGUAGGGAACCUGCUUUGGCCGGGCGGUUGGUCUCGGUGAUCUCUAGAGGUCCCUUCCAACCCCUACAAUUCUGUGAUUCUGUGAUUCUCACAGAGAAAUUAUUCUGGAGAAUUUCAGCAGUGCCUUAAAUUAGAAAAUGUGGUUAGCGUGGUGAAGUCUUCAUUGUUUGUGUGAGUUAUUUCUAAAGCCACUUUUAUAAAGCUUGAACAAAUCAGUGAAAGAUGAAAUCUGUUCUCUUGAUGUAUGUUGAAAUAAGCAUCAGUACAGCUCCAGGAUGAGUCUAUUUUCCACGGCUGAUCAUCGGCUAGAAAUCCAGUCUUCAAUUUGUGCUUGAAAACUGUAAUGCUGGAUGGUGAAUAUUCUCAAGCGGAGGAGGGAAAGACUAACUUGCAUUAUUUUUAGUCAGCACUGUAAACAUUUACAAACAGGCCGUCUGUCUUCAAAAAAUGUGGGCAUGCUGGAGGUCUCCGAAUUUCUGAGAGGUUGUUUGAAAAAAGGUUGGACAAAUACAGCAUUAAUUUGACUUAAUCUCUGCAAUCUGGUUUUUAUGCAGUUUUUCCUUCUUGAAUUAAAUGAUGUGUUCAAACUAUUUCACAAACAAAGCCUGAGAUAGCGAUAACCUUAACAAUUCUGAAGAGGAGGAGAAGGCAGAAUUGCAUCAGAUUGGGUUCUGGACCUCCCAAAGACAAGAAGUGUUUGUAAAAACAGCCCAGGUUGCUUCCAAGAAGGUGACUGCUGUGGUAAAUGAACCAAAGAGGUCUUGAAGAAGAAAACCAGCAGAUGCUGGUUGACCUCUGCAGUGCACUACUACUGCAGAAAGCACUUCAAGGUGCAGCCAGGAUGGCUGAAAACAACUUUACCUCUGCUACAGGGAAUGUCACACAGAAGCAGAUGACUCAGUGGCUACAGAGCUCGGGUUUUUUUGUGGUUUUUUUUUUGAUGUUUAAGGGUUUCUUUGUUUUUUUGGUAGAUUGGGGUGCUGUAGAGGAGAAAGUAACACUUUGCUGUGACCUUGCUGAUGCGCUAAUGGUGCAGCAGUGAUGGGCUUUGAAGGGAGGAUUAAGUAAUGCACACCCGAGCUUUCAUCAUGGAAGGGAAGUUCAGAUUGGAGGUUGGAAUUUAUAAACAGUAGUAAAAAAUGAUGGGUUCACAGCUCUGUGGUAAUCAGGAAUGCAGCAGGUUUGCACUGCGUUAUGGCGCCGGUAGAAAUAGAAAUUUGUUACGUUAUAGUAUUUCAUCCUGAAUUUAUUUCAACUUUCAGGAUAACCGUAAUUGAAACUACUCGGUGGAAGAUGGAUCUCACAUUUCUCUAAUGUAAAUCUAAUAUUGUGAGCAGCCAUGUCCUUGAUGGCCAGUUCUGAGACAGUGAGACAUCCUGUCUUUGCAAAUGAAAUGUAUCUAUAAAUGUAAAGAAUUCAGUGAAUGCAGGAUUUUGUUCCCUCCUUUCGGUGCCCUUAACGUUGUCACCUGUUCUGGUUUUUUUAUGCAGGAUUUUUUUCUCUAGAAGCUGCCAGAAUCUGACUGUAAAAGUUCUGGCCUAACAGCAAUCUGCUGAGUUCCUUCUUAUCAGCUUGGAGUAUGGUGCAUUCUGUAUUCUUCUCAGGACUUGAAAUACUGCACAAAUUUUUGGAAAUCCUUUGAGACAGUAAUGCUUGCUUAAUUGAUAAUAAAUAUGUCAACUUGAAUGAACAGAAUUAGAGAUUUCUGAGUACAUCACUACAUCACUGUUUUGAGUCUUUUUACUUAGAACACUGAGAAAAUAGAAGAUAGUGUUGAUGAAAAUUGUUAAUUAAAGAGAGGCGGUGGCGGAACUGUGGGUUUCUCCAGUGCCUCUCUGUAGCCAUGCUUUCUGUGUGCUGUCUCUGUGUCAGAUAAAAUGUUUUAGAAGAAAAAUUCUGCAUAGGUAGAAAGUUUAAAAAAAUAAGCGAGACUAGAAAAAAUAAGUGCAGUCCUUGCAAAAUACAGUGUGUUUUGAGCCGUGCGAGUUUUACACAUGGCAUUGUCACGAGUUCAUUCACUCCUCCAGAAAACAAAUGAUUUGUUUAGAAGUGAAGUCAGCAGCUUUAUGGAGAAAUAAAUAUAACUUUACAACUUAAUUACAGUAUAAACAUUUCUUGUGGCCAAAGUGCCUUUGUUGUUAUGGCUGUAUUAAUCUUGGAGGACACGCGGAUGUUGGUUUUGGGUCCCUCCUGGGACCUGCUGGAUCCCCCAAGCACAAGGCUGACCCAUGUGGCGUGGUGAUGGCCAUUCGUCAUGGAUGUGGCCAAACCUCUACUGAAAAGUGGAAAGAAAGGGAGAAAGAAAAGAAAGCUCUGAAGGGAUUCUCUUUUUCUCUGCACAUUGUUAUUCUCUAAUUAAUUUACCACAAUGGAAGUUUUAUCUAAUAGUGUUAGUUUGCUGUACGCAAAAGAAAAGAGUUUCACACUUCACAGAUGCUGUUUAAUGCUUCAAGAGGUUUGCUAAGUCUUUUCUAUGGCAACCUAGUGCGUUAGCUCCCCAGCAGUAAUAUGCCACCUUUUUAAGUACCAGACUCUCUGAGAACUGAGGAAUCAUCGUCAUACAGCAUAGGUAAAAAAGGGGGUUAAAAAAUGCAAGACUUCUUUUUAUAGAGUGCAUAGUGACAGAUUCAGUUAAGUAUUUAUUCGGUUUUCAUUUUGAUUGCUUAUGCAGAAGAACCCAGAGCAUACCUUGCUUUGUGUGUUUUCUUAAUUCACAUACUUCUUUUUUGCCAUUUGCACGUCUGUCUUGGAAAAUGUCAUUAUAAAAUGGCUGGAGAAAAGCCUGGAUUCCCCCUUCCCCCAAGGAAAUUUUCAAGCUUUUGAGGGAGCAUUAAUGUGAUUAGCAUUGUAAUGGUCACAUUAUCACAGAAGGAAAUUCUGACUCGUUCCCAGCACUGUAUUCCUGUAUUUCCUAUAUGUAGGAUUCCCAAAUAUGCGUUCUUAGGGGAAUCAUGUUUUUGGAAUAUUGGCAAUUAGUUGGGCUUUUCUUUAUUUUAGACAGUGCUUUAUGCAUUUUUUUUAUCUUACAGUAUGUAUAGUAAGAGUUCCUGCAGUUGCAUGCCCUUCCCUAUUUUGUUUUUCAUUUAAAAAAAAAAAAACAAACUACUUCAAAAAUUUAAUUCCUUGACUGCUAGAUGUUUUUUAAGCCUCUUUACUGUGCCCAGACAUCAUAGCAAUGCACGAGUGGUAUCUGUGUUGGCAUGAUGUGCAGGAACUUGUGGUACUGUUAGUGCAUAUGUGGAAGAACAGGAGCCUCCGAGCUCCAACCUGCAAAUCCUGUGGCUGAGGAGCUCUGUCCCUCGAUGAGGAACAAACCUAUUGCUUUUGUCUCAGAGUUGAGCACCAGCUCACAGAGUUUUCUUACAGGAUUCUCUGUGUUUUUGAACUGAAUUUUCUUUAGAUUUAAACCAUCAAAAAAGGGAUACGCUGAAAUUUGAUUAGAUUCAUAAAGAACAAGAAGUCCUUUAAAAAUAUUUGCAGGUUUACUAAAUAGAAAUGCUCAUUUACAGAGAUUAAAAAAUUUCUAGCUUAAAUGAUGCUUGCUUAACAUUGUCAUCUUUUUGUUGUUGUUGUUGUUGUUUAUUAUUAUUAUUGAGAGCACGAUCUGAGCUUUUUUAAGCCUUAUGUAAGCAUCCUGGUUCGAGAUGCAUUUAAUCUUCUAUGUGGAAACCUGUCUCUUAGUCCAGGAAGGUAAAAUCACAGGAUAUUUCUGCUUUGUGUGGACCCAGUGCUGGGAUGGACAUCCCCUGGCAGAGUGAAUCCAUAGCACUCAGGUUAAGAAUUGGCUGGUUCCAGUCUCUGUCUUUCAGUGGGUAAUGACAUCUGGCAGGCAGCAUGCUGUGGUGAGACUGUUCUCCAUGUGGUUUUCUGGAAGGCACUGCUUUCUCAGCCACUGUUUAAAACAUUUGUGAGGUGCAAACAUGUGAACAAUAGUGCUUACAAAAAGAUUAUUAUUCUGGAAAGUGUUUUGGAAAUAGGCAAACUGCAGUUGUUUCUGAUGACAGGGAGGCAGUCCGUGCCCAGUGUUUCUCCAGGAGUGCACACACUGGCCUCAACACACCAUGGCAGCGUGCUGCCUUUAUGCAUACAUAGACGUGUGCGUAUUUAAUUAUGAACGUAUUUAACAUAUAUAUUUAACAGCCAUUAUAUGUUAACACAAUACAUUCAUUUAGUUACAAUACUAUCUUAUUAUUAUUCAUAUAGUUACAAUAUUAUCUUAUAAGAUAUAUUAUCUUAUUAAUUUAACCUUUUUUUUUUAACUGAAAUACUGGACUAUUCUGCUUGCAUACUGCUGUGUCAGAUCUAAUUCCCUUAUCCUCAGCUUUUCAUCCCUUUAGUUGUCUUUUGAACCUGUACUGCUUAUUUCUCCUAUUGGAAAGUCUCCUCUUUUUCUCAUCUUCUCCCAGUCUUGCUUUUGGGGAUGCUCUCUCUUCCAUCAGUCCACCAUUCAUUCCAUGAACAGUUUGAUUUCUCUUGUAAGCUCCUACUUAUUUGCAGCAUUUCCAGGAUUCAUAAGUUUCCCAGUACAGAACAAAAAAUUUGUCUAUCAACGAUCUACUCUUAAAGUCAUUUUAAAACCAUUUUUUCCUGUAUGUACAGUUGUUACAGAAUCAAGCACUAUGACAGCAAAAAGCUCUGAAAGUUAUAAAGUAUUAUGUAAAAAUAUAUCACCUUGCAGUUGUCAUGAAUUGGACCACAGCUGUACCCACAAUUUGGGAAUAGUAAUUCAGAUCAGAGUUACAUAGUCCCGAGAUGAAGGGCAUGCAGUUAAGCUGAUGUUAAACUGUGAUGUAAUAAAUGGAUUCUCUCUUAACACAGUUCAGAACAGAUCAGAUAGAGCUACUUUCUUCCUUUCCAAACCCAGGGAAAAGCAAUCCGAAAGGGGCAUGUGUUUUUUUCUACAGUGCAAACACACAUAUAAGGCAAACUUGUAUCGACUUGAGAAACCUUAAAAAUCUGUAUGCCCAGCAUAAGCAGACAGUUCUGCAUGUCCCCUGGUGCUCUGUGCAAACAGGCUGCCCAGGGAGGUGGUGCAGUCACCGUCCCUCGAGGUGUUCAGGAAAUGUGGAGACGUGGCACUGAGGGCUGUGGUUAGUGGGCAUGGUGGGGAUGGGUUGAUGGUUGCAUUAAAUGAUCUUAGUGGUCUUUUCCAACCUUUCUGAUUCUGUGAUUCUACGAUUCUGUGAUGAAGUCCUUGUAGACUGGCAUGCUCAGCAGCAUCCCAGCCACAGAGGUAGAAUUGGUAAGCAGCGCAGUGCGACAACUUGCAAGUUGAGGUGUAAAUAUAUGAUUUGUUAAAUGUGUUGUUUCUCUGUGUUUUUAAAGCUUGUGGACCUUAUCUGCCUUUGUUAUGUUCUGAUGGUGGAAAUGUGUUAGUUUCUGACUUCUUUUGAAGUUUGCUUAAAAAAUGAGCUCUGCCAGAAAUGAGAGUUCUAGAAAUGAAUUGUGAAAUGUAAAAAUCUUUCAAACUGAGGCUGUUUUCUGUAUUAUCCUUAUAUCCAGUUUUAUUCUGCAUUUGGAACAGUUCUAGUAACAGAAAAAUACCUGCUGUGUGUACUCCAGCUUGGUCUAAACGUAAAGAGUGGGAGAGAAAUAUUCAAGCAAAAAUGUCAAGGUUUUAGGUGCAAACAAACUGUUCACUUGCUCCUUCAAACUUAGCUGCCCUUAGCCAGCAUGGCACAGAAUUGUCAGGGCAGCUAUCUGAAAGAAAGAAGGAGAAUGGUACCUGUUACUGCCAAGAAAGAGAUGCAGCUACUUUUAGAAUAUUUUUAUUGAGCAAUGCUGCUCCAUCCUCAUGUACAAGUUGCACUAGCCAGUUCUUUUAGCCUGUCUCUGUCUCAUGAGUGAUUCCUGAGAAUUCAGAGGUCUCAGUAUUAUUAGAGUUUCACUUUGCUAAACAGUCAUACUUAGAGAUUUUUUCAAACGCCUAUCUUAGACUUAUAGAAUAUCCCAAGUUGGAAAGGACCCAUAAGGAUCACUGAGUCCAAGCUCCACAAGGGACCACCCAAAAAUUAGACCUUAUGUCUGAGAGCAUUGUCCAGACACUUCUAGAACUCUGGCAGCUUGGGGCUGUAAUCACUGCUUUGGGGCUGUAAUCACUGCUCUGGGCAGCCUGUUCUGGUACACAACCAUGGCUCAAUGAAGAAUUUGCAUAAGCUAAAGCAUAUCAGUGAUACUGACAGUGGGGUGGAGUUCACCCUCAGCAAGUUUGCUGAUGACACCAAUCUGUGGGGUGCAGUUGACACACCAGAGGAACAGGAUGCCAUCCCAAGGGACCUACACAGGCUUGAGCAUUUGGCCCAGGUGAACCUCAUGAGGUUCAACAAAUCCAAGUGCAAGGUCUUGCACCUGGGUUGAAGCAACCCUCACUACCAAUACAAGCUGGGGGAUUAAAGAGUUGAGUGCAGACCUGGUGGUACUGGUGGAUGGGAAGCUGGACAUGAGUAGCAAUGUGCCCUCACAGCCAACUGUAGAAAGCCAACUGUAUCCUGGGCUGCAUCCAAAGCAGUGUGGCCUGCAGGGUAAGGGAGUGAUCCUGUCCCUCUGCUCUGCACUGGUGCUCUGCCCUGGUGCAUCCAGAUGUGGAGUCCUCAGUACAGGAGACACAUGGAGCUGUUGGAGCACACCCAGAGGAGGGCCACAAAAAUGAUCCAUGGAAUGGAACACCUCUCCUACAAGGGUGGGCUGAGAGAGCUGGGGCUGUUCUGCCUGGAGAAGAGAAAGCUGCGAGGUAACCUGACAGAGGCCUUUCAGUAUCGAAAGGGGAGCUGCAGGAAAGAAGGGGACAGACUUCAGCAGGGUUUGUGGUGAAAGAACUAGGAGAAAUGGUUUUAAGCUACUCUUCAAGAGAGUAUAUUUCGUUUGGAUAUAAGGAAAAAGUCUUUUACAGUGAGGGUGAUGAGGCAUUAGACAAAGUUGCCCUUGUGGUUGAAGCCCUGCCCUUGAAGACUUUUAAGGUGAAGCUGGAUCACGCCCUGGGCAAACUGAUUGAGCUGUGGAUGUCCCUGUUGAUUGCAGGGGAGAUGGACUAGAUGACCUUUAAAGUUCCCUUCCAAAUCAGGAUUCAAGGUUUCUAUGAACUUGGAUGUCACUGUGAUCGUUCUUCUGGGCUAUGAUCAGACCAUCCUUCUCCAAAGCAUAGAUUCUGUAUGCUCCAAAUAAGUGCUUGUUUUCUCUUCUUCCCUGGUUUAUUUUAUGUCCAGAUUUCUUCUAGCAGGUAAAAAAAAUGGAAUGUUGAAAAAACUGAUAUAGAUUAAAUCAUUUCAUAAGACCAUUUUGCUUUUCUUUCAUCUUUACCUCAAUGUUGUUUUUGGUAACUAGUGCAUUUGGUUGAGAUUCUGCAUAGUAAGUGGCUCAUGCUAUAUUGUGAAAGCACAGGGUUGUGGGUUUUUUGAAUAUAUACAUACAAGCUUUCUUCAAUAUUGAAGUCCUGAGCUUUCUGUAAGUCACGUAUUUGCAUCAAAUGGAUGUCUUGUCAAGACACUUUUUUUUUCUAAAUCAUUGCGUCAUAUGAAACUUUUAAACUUUGAGCUCCAGGCUUUAUCCUCUGCAUUCAUCAUGCAUGCUAGGUAUGCUAACACGUGCUGCAGGGUCUGAGGUUAAGUUACAUUUUCUGUUAUUUUGAUCAUUUCAAAUUGGAUUGAGUUGAAAUCGAUAUACAAUAAUGACUCAAGUUAACUGCAAAGUUACAGAAAUUUGAUACUGAGUUGCUAAAUCCAUUUGUAGAUCUAUUAUGAAUUAAUGGAAACAAACCUAAGGCUGCCAGAGAGCCUGCUGGCACCAAAUGGAUUUUAAUUACAUCCUACACACUGGUUUGGUUAUCCCUACAGCAGACAAAAUGAGUGAUGAGUGGCACAAAUUAUCUCUUCCAGGUUGAUCCUCUUUUCAGAUGAGAAGAAAAAAUGUUUUGUAACUUCUGUUUCCCUCUAUGGAAAGGAAAUGUGGAAGAGGUUGUGCAGGUGGCAGAGGAGAGAAGGCAUCUUUACUUGCAAAUAUGGAAGAGACACAGUGGUGAAGAGAAAAACGUGGAUGGAGGGAUAUUUACAGCUUUACAAGAGCAUAAGGAAGAUGUUGCAAAUGCAGAAAUGGCUGAAAGACUGUCACUUCGGAAGAAUCGCUUUAUGCAUUUUGCAUCACUGGAGUAUGAAGGAGAAUAUUACAUGACACCACGAGAUUUCUUGUUUUCAGUAAUGUUUGAUCAAGUGCAACGUAAAAGCUCGGCCAAGAAACUGACAAAAAAGGAGGUGGAUGCUGCACUGCUGUGUGUUACAAAAGCUAAACCAGGACCGACCUUUUUUAGAGAGCUUGGUGAUAAAGGGCUGAUAUCUUAUGCAGAGUACCUAUUUUUGCUGACGAUCCUUACAAAACCCCAGACUGGAUUUCAGAUUGCUUUUAAAAUGUUAGAUACGGAUGGCAAUGAGCAAGUUGAAAAGAAAGAAUUUUUUAAGAUGCAGAGAAUCAUUGGAAAGGAAGAUGAUUUGAAAACAGCUGGAGAUGAAACCGUAUUUCAGGAAGCCGAAUUGGAAAGCUGUAGUGUUAAUACCAUGCUGCUGGUGCAUUUCUUUGGAAAAGAAGGAAAGGAAAAACUUCGCUAUUCUGAGUUUUUCAGGUUCAUGGAAAAUUUGCAAACAGAAGUGCAAGAAAUGGAAUUCAUACAGUUUUCCAAGGGAUUGAAUGUCAUGAGGAAGGAGGACUUUGCAGAAUGGCUACUGUAUUUCACUGAUGAGGAAAAUAAUGAAAUUUACUGGCAAAACGUGAAAGACAGAUUUGAAGCAGGAGAGAAUAUCAGUUUGGAGGAAUUCAAGACUUUCUGCAAGUUUACAAACAACCUAGAAGACUUUUCUAUUGCCAUGCAGAUGUUCACCGUAGCCAAUCGUCCCGUGAAGCGAGCUGAGUUCAAGAGAGCAGUGAAGGUGGCGACAGGACAGGAGUUCUCAGAUAAUAUUCUGGAUACCAUCUUCAAGAUUUUUGAUCUCGAUGGAGAUGACUGCCUCAGCCACAGCGAGUUCCUCGGUGUCCUGAAGAAGCGAAUUCAUCGAGGUUUGAGGGUACCACAACAGCAAGGCAUUCAAGGGUACUGGAAGUGCGUGAAAAGGGAAAGCAUUAAAGGAGCAAAAGAAUUGUGGAAGCAAAGUGGGAAAAGUCCUUUUUAAAAGUGUCCAUUAUUGCUGGUUUGCUGUAAAUGUUAUGUAGGGUUUUUUUGUCUGUCCUGUUUACAUAAGAGCUGAAUCAAAAAUACUUUUUUUUACUACAGCUGAACUAAAUUAACCCAAUAUCUAAUGCAAAAAAAAAAAAAUUAUAUCAUUCUAGUGUAAUCAGUUGGGUUUACAGAAUUGUUAUCAUGUUUGACCUCCCUACAGAAAUACUCUUGUUCUAGGGAAUAAUGCUAUUUAUUUUUUUGUGGAGUCUGACCCUGCACUGUGACCUCUGGGAUGCAUAGGAUUUAAUAGUGGCCACUGGCUGGAACAAUCCAACAGUAUCAUCUCCCGGUGGAAGAAUGGCCAUCAUCUCAUCCGGCCACUAACACAGCAGUUCUCUUUCCCUGGCAAAGACAGGGGUCCAAAAAGGGAAACCAUUUGCACAGUCCAUGCAAGUCAAGGUACCUGCAUCAAAAACAAAAUCUCACGUGGCUUGUGCCCCCAUUACUGUGAGCUGCUUGUUGCUAGUUCCUGGCAGAUGGUUCCACCAGGUCCAGGGUAGAUGUCUGAUUUGUCUGCUUUUGUUGAUAAUAGCUUUAAACUGGAAAUAUAAGGCUGCUGAUGCAGGCUUUAAAAGUUACAUGUUGAUCUAUGAAUGUGUAUUGAGACUCUCAGACCUCUUCAACAAACAGUAUAAACAAGAAGGAAAAAUCCUCAUCCUCAUUCUAUCAUAAGCAGUGAUUACACCUUGAUUUGUAAAUGUUUUGCUUAAUUGUAAUGCAGAAGAUAAAUGUGUAACAAAUA